GAGAAAAACAACUUUAAACUUCUUUCUCUCUCCUCUCUCGCUCUCUCUCUCUAAAACCACCAGACCCCCACUCGAUCAAACUACCUUCGCUCUCACACAAUCACGCACAACUGUGUUUGUUUUUCUUCUUCUUCUUCUUCUUCUUCUUUUUGUGUGUGUGUACAUAUAUAUUUGUUAUCGCGUAUAUUGUCUCUGUAAAUAUCAUUGUAUAGUGCAUAUUUAAUACAAACUGUUGUGUAUAUAUAUAUAUAUAUCUGGAGUGUGUGCGUGUAUGGAGAGGUAUAGUGGGACUCAGGUAAUGGAGGAGAUGCCGGUGGAUCCGGUGGCGGAAUGGGCGGCCCCGGGUGGUGAAACAGGGCUAGAAGAGCCUAUGUGGCAGUUGGGCCUCGAAUCGUACCCCGAGAGGCCCGAUGAGCCGGACUGUAUCUAUUACUUGAGGACGGGAUCCUGCGGGUAUGGCACUCGCUGCCGGUUCAAUCAUCCCCGUGACCGUGGUGCGGCAGUGGGAGCAUUACGGGCUAGUGGAGGUGGGUACCCGGAGCGCAUUAGCCAGCCUGUGUGUCAGUACUACAUGAGGACCGGCAUGUGUAAAUUUGGUGCUUCCUGCAAAUAUCACCAUCCAAAGCAAGGAAUUGGAUCUUCAGCUCCAAUCAUGCUCAAUUUUUACGGAUAUCCACUGCGACCAGGAGAAAAGGAAUGUUCAUAUUAUGUCAAAACAGGACAAUGCAAGUUCGGUGUCACCUGUAAAUUUCAUCAUCCACAGCCAACUGGAGUACGAGUGCCAGGCCCAGCCGUGGCCCCUGGCCCCACCCUGGCUCCCGUCCCUGUACCUGGGCCUUUGGCUGCUCCAGCAGUUGCUGCUGCAGUUUAUCCGACUGUGCAGUCCCCUUCUGUUCAAUCUUCUCAACAAUAUGGGGUAAUUCCUGGCAACUGGCCAGUUGCUAGGCCAGCCAUGCUUCCAGGUUCAUAUUUUCCGGGAAGUUAUGGUCCUAUGCUCCUUCCUCCAGGAGUUGUUCCUGUUCCUGGUUGGACUCCCUAUCCGGCACCAGUUAGUCCUGUGGCCCCAGCAACUACUCAGACCAGUGGGGGCCCAAAUUACGGGAUAACACAGUUAUCUCCUUCAGCAGCUGCAUACACAGGACCAUACAUUUCCAUUACUUCUUCUGCUGGCCCCUCAAGCAGCAGCCAAAAAGAAAGUCCAUUUCCUGAAAGACCUGGUGAACCAGAAUGUCAGUAUUAUCUGAAGACUGGAGAUUGUAAAUUUGGUUCUACAUGUAAAUAUCACCAUCCACCUGAGUGGAGCGCACCAAAAUCAAAUUUUUUACUUAGUCCGAUGGGUCUUCCACUGCGGCCAGGUGCACCUCUUUGCUCUCACUAUGCUCAAAAUGGCGUAUGCAAAUUUGGACCCUCAUGCAAAUUUGACCAUCCAAUGAGAACUUUGAGUUACAGUCCAUCUGCAUCUUCUCUGACUGACAUGCCUGUAGCUCCUUACCCUGUGGGAUCUACAAAUGCAACUUUGGCUCCAUCAUCGUCUUCAUCGGACUUGAGGCCUGAACUUCUUUCAGGACUCAGCAAAGACGCACCACACAUGUCGUCUAUGAACAGUUCAAGUGCUUCAGUUGGUUCAAUAUUCUCGAAAAGUGGGUCUGCUCCUCAAUCAGGUGUUCAGCAUUCUGGGCAGGGUUCAGCUGGUGUCAGUAGCACGAGUCGUGGAGGUGAUGUUCACACAUCAAGCUGAAUGAAAGGUUCGACUCGUUCCAUUAACUCUGUCGCGCAACUUCCUCUAAACCAAACUUUAGUCUUUUGGUGCAAAAAUCCUCCACGAUAAUCUUCAGCCAUUCAGAUCCAAUACAUUGUAGUGAUUCCGUCCCUGUUCAUAAUGCCAUCAUAUGGCAAUCAUUUUCCGUUUUUGAAUAAGUCAUGCAUACCCCUCAAAUGAUCUUGCAAAACCUCAUUUAGCUUUUCACCUCAUCUUUGAAUAACAAGAACUCAAACCACAUCCUCCCGUGUAGGUAAUUUGCAUCACCACUCAAAUUUUGGAUCCAAGUUAUCUCUAUUUAUGCUGUCUUUUUCGGAACGAAAAAGAUACAUUCUCACCAUUCUCCACCCGGAUUUAACUGUAUUUACACCCCUUUUUCAUUCCUUCAUUGUUAAGAACAUAAACUUGACUAGGGAAUGAAUUUAUGUGAAGGUGGUGUUCCCCUUUUUUGUCUUGGGGGCUUCAUUCUGGAAGAUCGAUGAACACGGAGAAUUACAAGGCAAUUUAUUUCUGCCUUUCUAUGUAAGAUAUGUAGUUGUGUUGUCAAUGUCCAAAUGCUUCUUUUCAUAAAUGAUUAUCUUAAAUACAAGAAAGAAUUUGGAGAA